AUGAGCGACCAGCAGACGCCCACGGGAGUGUCGACCGGAAUUACGAGGAGGAAUAUUCUCGACGCUCUGACGGGGUCGAAAGGAAGCGUGGUGAAAACCGUCGCCCAGCAGAAAGCCGAUCAAGAAGCCCAGCAGAAGAAGCGCAGGAUGGAGAAGAACUUGGAAGCGUUGGAGGAUCGGCGGGACAUGCUCGUCGAGAAGUUGGAGCGGAUGAAAGGUUCGCUGGAGGAAGUGACGGUGAGUGUCCACCUGCUCAAGCUCUACGAGGAGACGCUGCGGCGUAGCGCGGACGAUUACGACAAAAACUACUCCGACAUCAUCGUCCUGCUGCCAAAGGAAAAGAGAGCCGAGCAGCGUGGGAAGUACGCGGCGUUUGAAAAGCUGCACAGUACCGUGUACGAAAAGUUGCAAGCGAGGAUCGCCGAGUCGGAGCUCACCACGAAGCUGUUGGAACUGCCGAAGGCACCCGCCGCCGCAGUUGCCCCUCCACAACCUGUCUACAUCCAAGCCCCAGCGCCAGUCCCGCACCUGCAAGCUCCGUUCCCUACCUUCAACGGCAAACCGGAGAGCUGGUACAGUUUCAAGAACCUGUUCCAGAGCAUUAUGUCUCGCUACACGAACGACCCCCCAGCCAUGAAGAUUCUGUACCUCCGGAAUGCGCUCGUUGACGACGCCAAGGACAAGAUCGACCAGGACGUCGUAAAUAAUAACGAUUACGACGCGGCCUGGAGGAUUUUGGAGGACGAAUACGAGGACAAACGCCUCAUUCUGGACACGCACAUCGACGCCAUUCUGGAUUGCCCGAAAGUCGCCAAGGAGAGUCGCGGCAAGUCCAUCUCCAAACUGGUCGAGGUGUGUGCGAAGCACAGCGAAGCUUUGGCUGGUCACGGGUAUCCAGUCGAAGGGCUAGCCGAGCUAGUGAUGGUGAACGUGAUCUACAAGAAGCUCGACAAGGAGACGCAAGAGCAGUGGGAGCUGAAGAUCGGCAGCGGAGCGUUGCCAGACUUCGUGGAGUUCAUGGAGUUCCUGCGGGAACGUGGGCGUGUUCUGCAGCGCACAAAUCGCUCCCAGCAGCAACCAGCGCAGCAGUCAACAGUGGCCCCAAGCAAGCAACGCCAAGCGUUCGGACAGAAGUCCCAGCCCCUGCUCAAGUCGUUCGUGCAGGCCACAACGGAAGUGUGUGGCCACUGCAAAGAGGAUCACCCGAUCUACCGGUGCUCGACGUUCAGAGACCUGAGCGUACCGGAGCGCAAGUCCGUUGCCACCAAGGCAAACUUGUGUUACAACUGCUUGAAGGCGAGACACCGGGUGAGUGAUUGCGAGUCCAAGACUCUGUGCAAGGUGCAAGGCUGCGGCCGCAAGCACCACAGUCUCCUGCACGACAGUGCCACCCGAAGCAACCAAGGUCAAGUGAAGAAGGAAGAAUCGAGCCAGUGCCUGCCAGUGGCAUCCUCGGUUCCAGCGGGCGGUCCAGCAACCGCUCCAGUGCAGCAGAGCAGCGCGGUGUCCCUCUGUGCAAACGUCGGCGGUGCGAAGCACCAAGUGCUGCUGUCGACGGCGGAAGUGAUGGUGAUCGGCCAAGCCGAUUCCACUGUCAAGUGUCGGGCGCUGUUGGACUCGGGGUCUGACAGCAACAUUAUCACCGAGAAGUUGGCGAACAAGCUUAAGCUGAAGAUGGAUCGCGUGGACUUACCGGUGAGCGGCUUGAACGACAUCCAGACCCGAGUGAAGUACGUGCUGUCCACGAAGAUCAACUCCUGCGUGAACGCCUUCGCCUCACCCGUGUUGGAUUUCCUGGUCGUACCACGCAUCACGUCGAACCUUCCCGUGGUUGAGAUCGACGUCGCAUCCUGGCCCCUGCCGCCAGGACUGCAACUAGCUGACCCAAAGUUCCACACCCCUGGAGAGAUUGACCUUAUCAUCGGCAACGAAAUCUUCUUUGAUUUGGUCAAGAGCGGUCGCGUCAAGAUCGGCCGCAACGCGCCAACACUGGCCGAGACGGAACUCGGAUGGGUCCUAGGAGGAGCGGUACCGACCAGAAAGGCCAAGCCAUGCCCGCGUGUGUGCCAACUAAACCACUUCGAGGAGGAGCUGAACAAGACGAUGCUGAGGCUGCCGUCGAGGAAACACUUCCAGCGCACCCACUCUCGAGACGCCGAAGGCCGGUUCGUCGUCCGGCUUCCUUUCAACAACCAGAAGAGUCAACUGGGCGACUCGUACAACAACGCGCGGAAGCGCUUGGACAAGUUGAUGAUCUCGUUGGCCAGGAACCCAGCCAAGCGUGUCGAGUAUUCCGCGUUCUUAACCGAAUAUCUCACACUGGGCCACAUGAAGGAAGUGCAACACGUGAACGACGGAGGUUACUACAUCCCACACCACGCGGUGUACAAGGCCUCAAGUUCGACCACCAAGACAAGAGUCGUUUUUGACGCUUCGGCGAAGACCACGUCUGGUCUGUCGCUGAACGAUACUCUGGAUGUUGGGCCCACAGUGCAAAACGACCUUCUGUCGAUCAUCCUGAAGUUCUGCACCCACCCGGUCGUGCUGACUGCCGACAUCCCAAAAAUGUACCGGCAGGUCAGGCUGCACCAAGACGACUGCAAGUAUCAACGGAUUUUGUGGUUGGAUGACGACAGACAGUUGAAGGUUUACGAGUUGCAGACGGUGACAUACGGCCUCGCCAGCUCACCUCACCACGCAACAAGGGCAUUGGUUCAACUGGCCACGGAUGAAGGCAAGGAUCUCCCGCUAGCGGCGCGAGUGGUCAAGCGGGACAGCUACGUCGACGACUUCCUGACCGGUGGUUCGUCCGUCGCCGAAGUUGUCAAAAUCUACAAAGAACUAACGGAGCUGCUGCGCCGAGGAGGGUUCGGCGUCCACAAGUUCUGCUCGAACAGCACCGAGGUGCUACGAGCGAUCCCAGCUGAGCUGCACGAGAAGCAGGUUGAUUUCGGGGAGUCCGAUGUCAACAACACAAUCAAAACCCUCGGACUCAUUUGGAACCCGCUCGAGGACUACUUUGUCUUCCGAGUGCCCCGACCCAUCAACGAGGAAUGGACAAAACGAAUUGUGCUGUCGGAGAUCUCCAGCCUGUUCGACCCCUGCGGCUUCCUGGGGCCGAUAAUCACGCUGUGCAAGCUGGUGAUGCAAGACGUCUGGGUUCGUGCGCUAACCUGGGACCAACCACUUCCGAUCGAGCUUUCACUGCGGUGGAGGCUGAUUCGAGUGCAACUGCCAGCUAUCAGCAAGAUGCGGAAAAAGCGAUGCCUGAUCGCUCCGGAUGCGGUGAACGUGCAACUCCACGGCUUUUCGGACGCCUCUAAGCGAGCAUACGGUGGUGUGCUGUACAUCCGGAGCGUCAACAAGCGUGGCGAGAUCAGCGUGUGCCGAGCUGCCAGCAAAUCACGAGUGGCUCCACUCAAGGAGCAAACAAUCCCCCGGCUGGAAGCGUGCGGCGCAAAACUGUUGGCGGAGUUGACUCAAAAGGUCAUGGCCGCCCUGGAAGUUCCAUUCGACGACGUGGUGCUUCACUGCGACUCCAAGAUCGUUCUGUGCUGGCUCAAAAAACCUCCAUCGGCACUGAAGCAGUUCGUGUCGAACCGUGUAGCCGCAAUUCAGAAGUUGACUCGAGAGUUCACGUGGCGUUUCAUCCGAUCGGAACACAACCCAGCCGAUGUGCUCUCCCGGGGAGCGCUGCCGGAAGACCUGCUGGAGCACGAGCUUUGGGAGGACGGCGCACCUGAGUUGUGGGAACACCAGCUACCAGAGGACCUGUCCGAGCCGUUCGACGAGUCCCAACUACCAGAACUCAAGCCGGCGAUCGUCCUGACGGUCGUCAACCCGAAACCAGCGAUCGACUUUACGAGAUGCAGCAACUACCGACGACUGCAGCGGUCGUGGGUGUACGUCGAGCGCUACAUCAACCUGGCGGUGCACAAGCGGCCCGGAACAUCUGGCAUCUCGGCGGACGAGGUGGCCCGAGCAGAGAAAACCAUCCUUGCGGUGGUCCAAAGGCAAGCAUUCGGUGACCUGUUGAAGCUGCUGCGGUCGAACUCCAACAAGCAACACUCGUGGUCCAAUCUGGCGCCGUUCCUUGGAGAGGACGGUCUCAUCCGAGUCGGUGGCCGUUUGAAGUAUUCAGCGAUACCCUACGACGGCAAGCAUCAGGUGCUCCUACCUGACGGCCACCACGUCACGAAGAUCCUGGUUCGCAAGCUGCACGAAGAGAACUUCCACGUUGGCCAAAACGGACUGUUGGCCAUCGUUCGCGAACGCUACUGGCCCUUGCGAGCAGGUCUGCUGAUCAAACAAGUCGUUACGAAGUGCCAAAUCUGUCGCAGACAGAACCCAAAACCUGGUAGUCAGUUCAUGGGCAACCUACCAGGAUACCGGAUCAACCCCGCGCCACCUUUCUCAAAGGUGGGCAUCGACUACGCUGGUCCGUUCAUGCUGAAGACCGGAGGACGAGGAUCAAGGCUGCAGAAGGCGUACGUGGUCGUCUUCGUAUGCAUGGUGGUGAAGGCCAUCCAUUUCGAGCUCGUGACCAACCUCUCAACCGACAACUUUAUCGCCGCGCUGCAGCGAUUCGCUAGCCGACGUGGGCUCCCCAGCGACAUCCAUUCGGACAACGCCACUUGCUUCGCCGGUGGCAACAACGAACUUGCGGCCCUUCGAGAACUGUUCAACAGUCAACUGCACAAGAACAAGCUGGAGGAGUUUUGCAGUCUCAAGGGCAUCCGCUGGCACUUCAUUCCACCGAGAAGCCCCCACUUCGGAGGGAUUUGGGAGGCGGGAGUGAAGUCCAUGAAGCACCACAUGAAGCGGGUCGUCGGCGAGACCAAGCUCACGUACGAGGAGAUGACGACGUUCCUGGCACAGACGGAGGCCAUCCUCAACUCCCGACCCCUGUGCCCGAUGUCUGAAGACCCGAACGAUUUGACGGUGCUGACGCCGUCGCACUUCCUGAUCAGCCGGUCUGGAGUGGCUCUACCGGAACCGUCGUACGCGGAUGAGAAGGUCGGACGUCUCAGCAGAUGGCAGCACAUCCAGUACAUGCAGCAACACUUUUGGAGAAGAUGGUCUGGCGAGUACCUCCAUCAGCUGCAAGGACGACCGAAGUGGAACGCUGGAGUGAAGGAGUUCAAG